AUAAACAGUUGUUUUAGAAAUGUUGCAAGAGUUCGAGGAGAGAGAAGAACUCUUCUUAACUCAGGUGGAUACUCUGGUCUUCCUCCGUCUGCCCGCGUCAUGACCAGGCGGAAGACGGUGUGCUACUGUAUAUCCUGCAGCGACACCGCCCCUGUCGACAGAGGAACGCUGGAUUUUUCUCGCUCGACUGUCUUCACUUUCUCCCAACGCGUUGCUGGAGGCGCCGGCCCUGUCCUGUUUUUUUUGCCUCGCCUCUUCUCCUCGCCGUCGCGGACCAGACGCCUCGGCGUGGAGAGGGCCUUCGAGUUCUGUCCGACAACCAUCUCUUGGCGAGACGGCAGGAGAAACUCUUUGUCGAGAGAAAAACGUGCUGCUCUGGACGACUGGAAGCACCGUUCUCUUCCUCGAGGCGGUCUUCCAGCUGCCGGAUUUCUUCGCCGGUCGCCGCAGGAACUCGCAGCUGCUGAAGACCUUGCUCCCGGGGACAGCAGGCAGAGCCGACAAGAGUUAGUGAGCAACGGAGGUGUAGCCUUGGGCUAAAAGCAGGGGGAGAGCCGCUCGAACGCCGCAGGCAAUCUGUAGAGCUGAGAAGUGAGGCAGAGCCUCUUGGAGCUUCGCCGAAAAAGCCGCAGACUGGUCAAUACUGUGACGCAGGAACGCGUGACUGCCGCGCAUGCACUGGCGCACAGUGGACGGAGGGCAAGACAGGGGAAACUCUGAAAAGGAGACGGAACGCGAAGGCGAACAGCGCAACAUGGAAAGCCAUGGGCGUCCCCACAUCCCAGUCGAGAGCUUCCUCUUGGCAAAGCGAGGAUCUCCACUCCGGAAUCCAACGGCGGAACGGCCCCUCGGCAGAGGCGCCAAGGCCGAGUGUACGUACACCGCACUCGAGUGUACAUGGAGGCCACCGCAGUGAAUCGCUUGCCGCUUCUCUGGCCGACGGAGACAACAGUCGUCGAGCCAGCGGCUGGAUACUCCACGAUGCGGCGGGGGCAGGCCGUCGUGACGGCGGCCUCUCGGCUGGCCGGCGGAGUGUACAGACAACGCCUCAGCUUUUCGAGGACCGCGCCGCGAAGAGCGGCGGCGCGCUGACGAGAUCCAUCGCUCGCCAGGCGACAACGCAGGCCUCGCAGAGCCUCCUCGGCCCGCGGCACCGCUUUGGAGGGACGCCUGCACCGCGCUGUCGCUCGCCUUUCUGUGAGACGGCAGAGCUCACCGACGGCGAGACUUGGCGCAGAAGGGAGAAUCGGCUUCGGCAUGAAGAGCGAGAGGAAGGAAGCGACAGGCGGAGGGGGGAACGAGGCGAAAAACGGUCUGCGGAGCAGAGGGAGCAUCUCCGCGCCGCGCUACAGAAACCAUCUGCGUCCUCUUCCUCUUGUUCCUCUGCCUCUUCCUGCUCGUCUUUCUCUUCCUCGUCUGCUUCCUUGCCUGCUUCCGCGUCUUCCUCUUCUUCGUCCUCGUCGCUGAAGGCGGCAGCGCAGCGAGAAGCGACUCUUCGUUAUCUGCCGUCGGCGCUGUUGCGCGAGAUUUCGGACUCGAUUUCUCAGGACCCUCUUCUCGCGAAGGUAGCGGAUCGCGGCGAAGAAGACGCCUACCUCUCGCUCCGGUUUUUUGUCUGCCGAGAGCGAGGCCUUCCUGGAGAUGCUCCUCUCGACGCACCUGGCCAGCCGCGCGUCGGAGGCGACUCCUGCGCAGCCGCGGCGGGAAGAAGCGAGGCGACUGCUUCCAACACAAGAGCGAGCGACGCAGUAGCCGACAUGGAGGACGGCAGAGCGGUUCAGAGUCCCCCAGACGGAGACGCAGCUCGAGCGAGAAGCGUCGAGGACCGGGACGACACUGCAGAGAGACCCGGCGUUACCGGGAGCCACUACGGAGAGGGAACCGGUGCGAGAGCUCGCGACGACCGCGGGGAUGACGACGCUGUGAGCGACGGCAGUGGCGAUGCCGCCAGCAAAGGUUUUCCUUCUGUUCUCAGCGCGAGCAAAGACCUCGUUUUUGUCUGGUACAGGCGGCGAGGCUCGGCCAUGCGUCUGUGCAUCCCCCGGCUGCCUGAACUGCUCUGGAAAGUCGUCGCCUUCUUCUUCUUUCUCUCGCCGUCGCCGUUCCUCGCGACGCCCUCCGGCACCUUCCCGCCGGCGCCAGAUGCUGGAGAAAAGACGACGGUCGAGGGAGGAGGCGACGGGGAAGGAGAACGCGGAGACAGGGGAGAGGGAGAUGGAGGAGACCGGGGAGAAGGGGACUGCGGAGACCGGGGAGGAGGCGACAGGAGAGAAGGCGAACGGAGUUUUAGAAGACCUUCUUCCCUUUCAUGGACGCAAAAGAAGAACGGCGCGUGUGAGGACUCUCAGGAAGUUCAGCGGAAAUUGUCGGAGGGACUGCAUGCAGGCCGCGGAGCGAACGCCGCGGCAGGACGCUGGCGGACAGGCGGUGGCGGACCGGGCGAGUUGGAGGCGAAGAACCGAGAAGACUGGAGGGAGGCAGCGGAUCGCGAGGAUGCUGAGGGGAAGAAAACGCUCCUGCGGUCUGUCGCCGCCUACGUCUACUGGCCCGGCAUGCAGUCAUUCUUUGACACUUGUGAACAACCUGGGGAUGAGUCCUUCUCGUCCUCCUUCUGUUCUGCCUCUUGUUCCUCCGCUUCAUCCUCUUCUUCCGCUUCAUCGUCGUCUUCCGCUUCAUCGUCGUCCUCCGCUUCAUCGUCGUCUUCCGCUUCAUCGUCGUCCUCCGCUUCAUCGUCGGCCUCCGCUUCAUCGUCGUCCUUUGCUUCACCUGCGUCGCAUGCAGUGCCUUCGCAUCUUGAGGGAGGUCGACCGCGGGUUGGCGAGAGUCCGAGGUCACGGUGGACGGUGCGGGGAGAAAGGACUCGCGCGUUUUCUUCUUUCCCUGCCGCAAACCAGCUGUCUGGCGGACCGCGCGCGUCUGCGGCUCUGCGCGGUUCUGCCUUCUCGCCUCCGUCGACUGUGGCCUGCCAGAUCGAAGACCCAAGUUUGCUGCAUGCACUUGCGGACCUGCGGAGCGGAGCGGCUCUGGAGGGCCUUCGCGUGGUGAGGCGAGGCGGGAAGGACGGAGGGCGCGAGUCGUUUUGUCUCGAGUGGACGCCGAGAGCGGCGACGCGAGAAGCAGGCGAAUGUGCGGCGCAUGCGCCGUCCUGCCGGCCCGCGAGAAGGUCAAACGCUGGCGAGACAGAAGUUGAUGCAUGCGUAGACCCCGCUGCGAGAACGGAGAGAGUGAAUGGAGUCUUGCUUGGAAAGCCGUUAUCGCCUCACGCUUUCUCGCUCGGCUCCUCGCGUCUCUGUCCACCUGGCGCCCCUCGCGCUGCAUCGCCCUGCGUCUCCAUUGCUCCAGGCGGCGCCGUCUCGCGAAGCGACGGCGGCGAGAAGCGGAGAACAGGCGACGAUUCAGUGACGAGACGCAACCACGGCGGAAACGAGGAUUUUUCAGAGACUCGUCUGAGUCAGAGAAAAGAGCCUCUGCUCGAUCAGGACGCGAGUCGCCUUUCCGCUGCUUUGCGUCCGCCGCCUGGCCUCGAAAGCUCCCUUUGCUGGCCUGCGGGGCUCGCCUCUUCGGGUAGACGUACACCCCAGGACUUUCUACGCGGACUGCUUCCCGGCGCGGGGGAGAGGGUGGAACACCAAGCCGCAGGCGGCGACUCACGCGACGGCGAGUGGACUUUCCGCGAGCGGCAAGACAGUCGAUUCGAAGACGAAGACUUGUUCUUCUCUGGCAGAGAGGACGACGACACCAGCUCCGUCUGUUCGUCGCAUUUGACCCCCCGGACGAGCGGCCUGUUCCCCGCCUCGCUCCCGACGGAGCCUGAGACGUCUCUGGCCUUGGUAGGGGCGUCUGACGAGCGCGACGCGCAGCUGCUAAACCAUUUUCUUCUGUUCUUCGCUGCGCUGUCGCGCUCUGAAGUGCAUCGGCCUCCGGUUUCGCCGCCGUCGUCGCCUUCGCUCCUCGCCCUGCAAGAUCUGACAGACUGGGACGCGCCGCGAGCCCAGGGACCUGCAUGCGGGUGCACAAGCGAGCGCCUGCCUCGGCCUGUUGUCAACAUUCCUCCACGAGGCGCAUGCGGUGAACAUGACUCGUGCGACGGGGGACUCCGUCGAGACGAGGAGAACGGCUGCAGACAGCGACGCCUGUCCUUCUUCUCUCUGCCCGAUGAAGCGUCGCCGACGUCGCUCGGCGCUGCGGCUUCUUGUCCGGAGGCCUGUGAGGCGGAGCUGAAGAAGGCGACGAAUCGACGGCGGAACGACUCGUGGACCUCUGAGGCCUCUCCAGACGACUCGGAAGUUCCUUCAGAUCAACAGAAAGGAAACCCUUCUCCAUUCCGCCAACCUGCGAGACGCAUUGGCAUCUUUGCAGUCGACGUCUCCUGUCUCGCUCUUCCAUCUUCUUGCUCUCCCUUCUCUUCCUUCUCUUCGUCUGUCUCUUCUUCUCUGUCUUCUUUCUCGACGCGUCCGGGACGGCCGCCGUCUGCUCGUCUUCGACCAGGGACGUUCGCGGUUCUGUCGGAGGGGGGCAAGUCUCUCUCUCUUCUUUCGUCCAGCGAGGAGGCGCGGGGGGCGAAGUGGACUGCUGCGGCAGCGGAGGCCAGGGAAGAAGACUCGCAGAGCGAAAGCUCCUUCUGCGAUUUCCUCAGCCUCCCAGACGAAGAUAGCUCGCCAGAGGCAGAGGACGCCGUGUCAUGGAGAGAAGCGGAAGGCCGCUCGCUCGUCGCGACAGAGGGCGAAAGCGAAGAAGAAGACGAAGGCGAACAAGACGGCGCUGAAGAAGGAGAAGGAAGAGGGAGCUGUGCGACCAACGAAACGAGCAGAGGCAGAGGGAACGGCGGGAGAAAGAAGGUGAAAGAGAAGAGCAAAGAAGAACGCGCCUGCGAGAACCUCGCCCACGCACUCGCCUUGUCUUGCUCCUCGGCUGGCCUCGACGCCGUGUGUAUCUGCCUGACAGACAAGGACCGCCUUGUUCCCCUCGGAUGCCGCACCAUUUCGCUCUUGGACCUGCCUCGCCUCCCGUCGCUCCUCGCCCGGUGGCGACAGCAGCUGAUCGCCCCCAAGCUCUCUCUGCCUUCUCUCGCGUCUCCUUCGCACCCGUCUCCGCCUCCCUCUUCUGCUUCGCCGUCGUCUGCUUCAGCGUCUCCUCCGUCGCCUCCCUCCGGUGCGUCUCUGCCGUCGGCGGUGGAUGCCCUGCCGACUGCCUGCUCCGCCACAACACAGACGGGGAGGCCGCAGACGGCGAAGGCAAGAGAUGGAAAGGUUUCUCUGCGCCUCCAUACCUCCGCGCCUGCAGGUGCGGCAACGGUGCAGGCCGACUCGGAGGCAAAGCGACGCACCGGGCGACAAGAGAGGAAAGAACAGAGACGAGCCAGGGGAGUCGGGGAAAGAGGGCAAAGAGAGGAAAAACAGAUGGCGAAGAAGAGGCAAUCGGGGGGCGUAGAGAGGUCGCGAGAAAGCAAGAGAGGGACAAAGUGAGAGACGAUCGCCCAUCAAGCGAGAACUGGAGCGAGCAGUAGGUGACCCAUGCUGAUUUGCAGAUUUAAAUUCUCUUAUAAAACGCUUAGUCAAAUGGCCCCUCUCUAGGACUCAUGUACGACCGAGGGGACUUCUCGUUGGUGCUGCGCCAUGCAUGCACCUCCUACUAGAGUGGAAGAGAGAGAGAAACAUCGAGCUCGCCCAGCCAGUGGCAGAGGCGCUCGGAAAGAAGCCGGAGGGUGGAAAGGUUUCUGUUUCCUCUUUGCACAAAGAGGAGCUGUUAUCGCCACAGUGGCGGUGUGAUGUGGAGGAAAGAGUUUGCCUCCUUGGUCAGACUCGGCGAGAUUUUACAAGUUCUCUUUUCCGGUUGAACUCGCAAACUCGAAUCGAUACUUCAAGCCGUGUCCACUCCUAGACUUUCUCUCUUGCGCCUGCGCGCAUUCUCGCACAGUUUGUCUGCUCUCUGCUUUCUUGUCGUUUUUUUUGUCAUCUCUCUGGAGCGCCUUCGCGCUGGCGUCGUUGCUAGCGCAUUCCACUUUCCUGUCUUUCCCUCACGGUCGUUCCCUCGCUAUGGCUUCCUCGCUAGCGUCUGUUGCCCGGCGGCUGCUUCGGUGCCGGUCGGAGACUGUGUGCAGCCGGAGACAGGCUGCUCCACACUGGGGACGCAUUCUCGACCUCAGAGGUGAUCUGCAAAGACUUAAAAAGAACUAGGGGGCGCUGGCCACCCAGCGCGAGCGCAUGCAUCGAGCGAAAAGCUCUGUAUCCGCAUGCGUCAAAGACACGCACGGUCUCAAAACGUCACCCAAAAAACAGGGGAGUAACGCUGCUGACUUCCUCUCUUCUUUCGCAUGCAAAGGCGGACAUGCGUCCAGCCAGAAGCUGCUCAACGCUUGGCUCUCCCCAAUCUCACACUGGCCUUCCACACAUGUUUGUAAAUCACGUUCACCGUCAUAUGCACUUGCA